CGACCGGAGACUUUCUGGAGCUCGAUGGCCCGCAUCGGGAAUGACCUCCGAGACACAUGCUGGCACAUUAUGACAUGAUUCAGAAAAAGAGUUUAUUUAAACAUCCCACCUGCUGUUUGGGGACGAGAUUUCCUCGAAUGCAUUGCCGAGACCCACCCCGCAGCUAACCCGCAUCAUUUCCUCUGUCGAGCUCCAGCUUCAACUAACUUCUACAAAUAUAAAGCCAAAUACCUCUCCUCUGAUUGACAAUCGACACAAACAACAUCACAUCAAUUGACUCCAAUAUCACAAUGCCUUCUCAACCAAAAGUCCUCUUUGUGCUCACUUCCCACUCGAAGAUGGGAGACACUGGCAAACCCACUGGCUGGUACUUGCCCGAGUUCGCACACCCAUACGAAGUCCUCUCUCCUCACACGCAGAUCACGGUCGCCUCUCCCUCUGGCGGCGAAGCACCGCUUGACCCCUCCUCCGUCGAAGCAUUCAAAGCCGACGCCAUCAGCACAAAGUUCCUCUCGCACCAAGAAUCCCUCUGGAAGAACACACAGAAGCUUGAAAGCUUCCUCGGACAUGCUGGAGAAUACGAAGCUAUUUUCUUCGUUGGCGGUCACGGCCCGAUGUGGGACCUCGCGAACGAUGAAACAUCACAUAAACUGAUCAACGAAUUCUACGCACAUAACAAGAUCGUCUCGGCCGUUUGUCAUGGACCUGCGGCAAUUGCUAACGUCAAGCUUCCUUCGGGGGAGUAUCUCAUUGCUGGACAAGCUGUGACGGGCUUCUCGAACUCGGAGGAAGAUGCGGCGGGGUUGAGUCAGUAUAUGCCGUUUAUGCUGGAGACUGCUUUGGAUAAAGCGAGUGGGGGCAAGUUUGUUAAGGCUGAUGAUUGGGCGAAGAAAGUUGUGAUUUCGAGAGGAGGGCGUCUGAUUACUGGCCAAAAUCCUGCGUCGGCGGAGGGUUGUGGUCAGGCUAUUUAUGAUGCUAUCUUUGGGGAAUUGACGACGAAAGAUGAGUUGUGAGUGUAAUGGUGGACUCAUGCGCAG